UGGACCUGGUAAAGUUGACUUGUGCGGUACAGUUUAGUAGUGUAACUGUCCUAACGUCUAUUGAGCUUAACUUCCUCGUAAUUGUGUUCCUUUUUCACUGCACACAGGAUUUCCUAAUAAAAGAUCAUGAUAAAAUAAACCUACUUCGUGAUAAGUGCUAUUGCGUUUCUAUGGGUUUACAAUACAAAUUCAACAUUCUCAUAUUGUUAAAGUAGGUUUUUCUCCAAUACUCUCCUAAGACAUCAUUUUCCGGGACAUUUUUAAAACUCACUGGUUGUAAGUGCCAACGAAUUUUUUCAGUGCUUUUGGUGAAUGUCCUCACUUUAACCGGGUUAGUGGAUAUGGAGGAUCCACCUAGGGGAGUUGGAAAACUGAUUCCAAACCAAUGGUCACAUAGGUUCCAGGGUCCUGAGGGAAAAAACGGCGUAUAGACCUAUUUUUGGUUGUUGAUCUCAGCCCUCACAUAAAUCAGAUGAUUUGUACGGUGCAUAUAUAUUUGGUUCCUCCUUGUAUCGAUUUUUGUGUUUAGAUAAGUAAAUAAUAGUUCUACCUAAAGUCUCGUCAGUUGUAGGUUAGAUUAAUACAUGAAACUGUGACUGGUUAGUGGAUAGUAUUGAGUCAUGUUAUUUAUAUCAUAGAACAUGGAUUACUCUUCUUUUCUGAUAUUUUUCUUUCUAUUUCUUUCCAUUUAGCCUAAAAAUCGGAUUUGUCUACAAUAAUUGCCUUUACUAAUUAAUACGUCUAUUAUUGUGAGACUGUGGAGUAAACAUCUGAGUUUGUUUCUUUGUAUGGGCUCAAAGUCAAAAGCUCAUGGAAAUCGUAAAAAGUCCAAAAAGAAUAAUGUUCAAUUAGAAGCUCAACAGGAUCGAGUGUCUAAAGUAUGCUGUAAAGGAAAUGAUGAAAAUGAUUAUUAUCUGAAAAAUGAUCCAUCAGCGCCGGAAUUCCGUCAACAAUUAAAUCAACUUGGUUUAGAUUUCCGGGAGGUACCAUCAGAUGGAAAUUGUUUAUUUUCAUCGUUAUCUGAUCAAUUAUAUGGAACAAUAAUUAAUCAUAAAGAAGUUCGUGAACAAGCUGUACUUUAUAUAGAAAAACAUAAAGAAGAAUUUGAGGCAUUUUUCGAUGUCAAAGAUAGACUAAAUAAACUUCGAUCACUUGGAACUUACGGUGGUCACGAGUGUAUCAUUGCAAUAUCACGGUGUUUUUCUGUAUAUAUUAUUAUACAUCAACUGAAACAAAAACCUUGGCUAGCCGGAACUCCUGUUAUCGACAAAACACAUGUCAACGUUUCUACCUACCCUCAAUUACAUUUAGCUUAUCAUAAUGGUGAACAUUAUUCAAGCGUACGAGUUUUCGGAGAUAAUUCCAGUAACCCUACAAGAAUAAGGAUUUGUCUUUCAACUGAUAAUUCUACUACAUAUGCAAGCAAUACAUGUGAUAGGAAAUGUGUGGACUACUCUUCUGAUGGCUCGGAUGAUAAAAGCUCUAUUCAUUCGUGUAAAAAUUGUGAUGGAAGGUCGAAUAAAAUUGCUAACUGUAAUACAGACUACUUCCAAACAUUUCCAUUUCACAGAAAAUUAAGUAAAAAAGAAAAACGUCAACUUAAACGUAGAUCUCUUGAAUUGUCUAACUCGGAAUUUGUUAUUAAAUCUAUUUCCGCUCUACAUAUAUAAUUUAUAACCGAUUGUCACUCCUUUUUCUCUUAUCACAACGACUUUUCUACUUCUUAUUUCAUACUGGAUAAGAAAUUGUAUAUUUGAGAUUUUCGUAUUUUUUUCUCUCGAUUAUCGAACUAUAUUUAUUAAUUUUGUAUUUUACGACUAUGUAGUUUUCACGAAUAUAGGAUUGCAGUGUACUUAUUCCAGAUUACAUUCUUUUUUACUACUGAA